AUGACACGAAUCAUCUCAAAGGCCAAACAGUCACAGAUCAUUAAAGAAUCAAUCAUGACAGAGCAAUUCAAAGCCAUCAUCGUGGGAGGCGGCAUCGCCGGCCUAGCUACAGCCAUCGCCCUCCGCGCACCAAACCGCAAAAUCACCAUCCUCGAACAAUCAUCUCUAAACCGCGAAAUCGGCGCCAUCGUCUCUCUACAACUCAACGCCUCCAAAACCGUCGAAAAGACAUGGAAUCUCGCCAAGACCUUGCAAGACAAGGGUCCAAUGAUGGAUGAAGGAUUUCAAGUUUACAAUCUUGAUGGAGAACGGCAAAUGCGAAUUCCGCUUUCGACGACGGAGAAAUAUGGUGCGGAGCGUAUGCUCUAUCAUCGGAUUGAUUUACAUGACGCGUUGAAGAAGCGAGCUACUUCGGAUGAAUGGCCUAGUGAACCCGCUGAAAUAUGUGUAUCGAGUCGUGUCACGCACUGUGACUGCGAGGAAGGCGUUGUAUAUACCCAAACCGGCGAAAUGUUCCAAGCCGACCUAAUCAUUGGCGCGGAUGGCAUCAAAAGCGUUGUUCGAGGCUCAGUCUUGGGGAUCAAAAUUUCAGCUUUGAGGACUGGUCAUUCGGCAAUGAUCAUGGGUCCAGCCCGGAAUGGAUCGGUGUAUAGCAUCGUCGCUAUGGUACCGGAUGAAGAUAUGAAUGAAGACGCCUCAAACACGAGUUGGACGACACACGGCGAUAUCCCCAAGAUGCAAGAAACCUUCGCCGAUUUCCCUGAAUGGGCGCGUGGCCCGUUGUCGUGUAUUAGUGAUGGAGAAGUCGGAAUGUGGCAACUCCGCGACAUUGAUCCGUUACCAACCUGGAUGAAAGGGAGGGUUAUAAUUGUUGGUGAUGCGGCGCAUGCAAUGUUGCCUACUCAGGGGCAAGGGGCGAGUCAGGCAAUUGAGGUUGCGGAGGCAGUUGGUGCUUUUUACGCUGAUAUUGAUGUUGGCAAAGAUGGCGUUACCUCUUUAUCGUUGGAGCAGAUCAAAGCCAUUAAUGAGAAGAUUUUUGCGUGUCGGUACAAGCGAGCUACGACUAUACAGCGGUAUAGUCGACAGACUGCUAAGCCCGCUACGGAGGAAGGCAGUGUGAAGGUCAAGAUGAGUCCGAGUGACUUUAUGGAUUAUAAUUGUAGUUAUAAUGGGGCUUUGGAGUGGGCGAGGCGGCAGGCUGAACAGGACAAGGUGGUGGAUGAUAUAGAGAAGAUGAGGAUUGUGGAAAGAGAGGUGCAGGCAGAGGAGGUUACGAUUCAGGUUCAACCAUGA